UCCCGGCCGCUCAUACCCGGCCCCUGGGCAUCCCGGCAGCGGCCAUGCAGAACCAGGUGCUGACCCCGCACGUCUACUGGGCCCAGCGGCAUCGUGAGGUGUAUCUGCGCGUGGAGCUGAGUGAUGUGCAGCAUCCUGACAUCAGCAUCACUGAAAAUGUCCUUCAUUUCAAAGCCCAUGGCCAUGGUGCCAAAGGAGACAAUGUAUAUGAAUUUCAUCUGGAAUUCCUAGAACCUGUGAAGCCGCAGUUGACUCAUAAACUGACCCAAAGGCAAGUGAAUCUCACAGUACAGAAGAAAGAGAAUCAUUGGUGGGAGAGACUUACCAAACAAGAAAAACGCCCACUUUUUUUAGCCCCUGAUUUUGAUCGCUGGCUGGAUGAGUCUGAUGCAGAAAUGGAACUUAAAGCCAAGGAAGAAGAACGGAUAAACAAAAUCAGGAUGGAGUCCAGAGUUCCAAAUGACUCUUUUGCCAACCUGAAGAGAGGAUACCUGUUUAUGUAUAAUCUGGUUCAGUUCUUAGGAUUCUCCUGGAUCUUUGUCAACAUGACAGUGCGACUGUUUAUCUUAGGAAAAGAUUCUUUCUAUGACACAUUCCACACCAUGGCUGACAUGAUGUAUUUCUGCCAGAUGCUGGCAGUUGUUGAAAUCAUCAAUGCCUUACUUAGAGUCACUCGGUCACCAGUGAUCCCCACCUUGAUCCAGUUCUUUGGCAGAAAUGUAAUUUUAUUUGUCGUCAUUGGCAGCUUGGAAGAAAUGCAAAGCAAAGCUGUGGUUUUCUUUGUAUUUUAUCUGUGGAGUGCCAUUGAGAUAUUCAGGUAUCCAUUCUACAUGCUUGCUUGCAUCGACAUAGAGUGGAAAUUACUCACGUGGAUCCGAUACUCCAUCUGGAUUCCUUUAUAUCCUCUGGGAUGUUUGGCAGAAGCUGUCUCGGUUAUCCAGUCUAUUCCAGUAUUCAGUGAGACGGGGAAAUUCAGCUUUAUGUUGCCAUAUCCACUAAACAUUACAGUCAAAUUUUCAUUCUUUCUUCAAAUCUAUCUUAUAAUAUUAUUUUUAGGACUGUUUGUAAAUUUCCGUCACCUUUAUAAACAACGAAGGCGGCGCUAUGGACCCAGAAAGAGAAAAACCAACUAAAAGAACAGCAAAUGGCUUACCAGAUUAAUCAUAAUCUUCAGUUCUUAAUGGUUUUAUCUACUAUGCCAAUACAAAGGCUUUUCUAAAGUUUAAUAGUUUUAAUUUUCAGUGAUUCCACAUCGCAGGUAACAUUCCUCUACUUAUUAUACCACUUAACUACAGAACAUGCAUGACUGGCAACCCUCAUGUUCAGCAACUAAAAGCAACUCCUAACUUUUACCAUCCUAAGAAUAAUACAUAAUUCCUGCAUAUACUGUAUAGUGACUGAUGGCAGGAGGACUCACCCCAAUCUCUACUUCCAUCAGCCAGCCUACUAUAUUACUGAGCACUUAAAGGCAGAACUUUGGGCUGUGCUUUUUCUUAGUGGAGAUUUCUCAUUUUCAACAGUGACUUGUAAGGAAAAGCAAGAUGGUACUGUACAGGAAACUGAAAACUAGAGUUGGGGCUCAGAGACCAAAAAAAAGCAUGAAUCUUAGGUUAUUUGUUGAGUUUUACCACAAGGUCAAUCUUUUGAUAAUCAGCUUAAGCCCAGCCACUGAUAAACUAUUAUCUGAGCCAUAUUGGGGAUAGCCUCUGUGGUAUUAAAGCCUUUGCUGAACCUA